AUGCAGAAAUAUACAGAAAAGGUACACAGCGAAAGGGAGCAAGAACCGGAAAUUGUUUGGAUUAAAAGGACAUCAUUGGAUAAAGGUAAAAAAUCCAAUCAUUCCAAGCCGCUUAACAAAACAGCAGAGGAAACGGAAGACCAAGGAAGUGAAGGUGACGACAAACUGCCCAUAGUCUAUAGUAAAAAUUAUGGUGUACAUUUUGCGAAAUUGGAGAAGUUGCAUCCAUUCGAUGCCGAAAAGGGCAAGAAUAUACAGGAGCUCCUUAUAAAAUUCCAAUUAAUCGAUAAGGGUAAAUUCUAUGAACCCUCCUCGGAAAUCACCAAAGAUGAACUAUUGAAAGUACACACCGAAAAAUAUUUACGUAGUCUAAAAUGGAGCUUCAAUGCCGCCAAGAUUGCCGAAAUACCGAUACUAUUAUUUUUACCCAAUUGUUGGGUGCAAUGUGGUUAUUUGCGGCCAAUGCGUUUUCAAACUGCCGGCUCAAUAAUGGCUGGCAAGUUGGCUCUCGAAUAUGGUUGGGCCAUUAACUUGGGUGGUGGCUUCCAUCAUUGUUGUUCCUAUAAGGGUGGUGGUUUUUGCCCAUAUGCCGAUAUAACACUUCUCAUACAACGCAUCUUUGCCGAAGAGGAACAUGUGCGCAAUGUUAUGAUUGUCGAUUUGGAUGCCCAUCAGGGUAAUGGUCAUGAACGAGAUUUUAUGGACAAUCCAUUUGUUUACAUUAUGGAUAUGUAUAAUUAUCAAAUAUAUCCGAAAGAUCAUAAUGCUAAACUGGCCAUCCGGUAUGCAGUGGAACUGAAGCCGAGGACGGAGAAUAAGGAAUAUCUGGCGAAGUUGAAAAGAGGUUUAAAAUUUGCAAUGCGAGAAUUUAAACCCCAUUUGGUGGUCUAUAAUGCUGGCACAGACAUUUUGGAGGGCGAUCCCUUGGGUUACUUGUCAAUUACACCAGAGGGUGUCAUUGAACGUGAUCAAUAUGUGUUUGGCAUGUGUCGGGCCCGUGGCAUUCCCAUUGUAAUGCUGCUCAGUGGUGGCUACCUGAAGCUGUCGGCCAAGGUUAUUGCCGAUUCUAUUAUGAAUUUAAAACGAAAUGGUCUACUCCUAUCGAUUCGUUGA